AGAUUUAAUUCAAAACUCGGGAACUCCACAAUCACCCUCGUUAAACAUAAAUUUUGAAAAACAUAACUUUCCUGGAAAUAAUGAUAUAAUUACCAAAGUUGAAUCAUUAACUAAUUCGGUUCCGAUGGGCAAUGUAUCGGAUCAUGAUGUUAGUCUAUUAUCUUUACUUAAUUCUCCUAUUAAUGAGACUUCAACAAUUCCGGUUAUUCCUUUUGAGGAAUCCGCCUCUUCAUCUAAAAUUUCGUCAUCAUUAAAACUCAGCUAUAUUCCUGAGUCAAUUUCUGAAUCAGAGGAGGAAAAUCAGACUAAUAGUGAUUCCGAAAAUAUGACAUCGGUUCAUGAAUUCAUAAAUAAAACAACUAUUGAAGGAAUUAGUGGAUUAAAAAUUUCAGAAAACCCGGAAAGUAUUAUACACGAAGAAGAUACAUUCGAACAAAGUAAAGGUCGAAAAGAGAGCUUACUUGAUCCGAUAAACCGGCUUAAAGAAUUAAUGAAUUCCCAGCAGCCUCUUCCAGAAAGCUCUUAUCAUUUAGAGGAACUUCUUGAAUCAAAUACAGAAAACCACUCUUCCCAAGAAAGUUUGCCUGUUGAAAAUUACCCGGCUAAAAAUUUCGUUGAUAUUUCCGACUCUCCUCCUGUUUCAGAAGAACUUAGCGUAAAAUUUAGAAAGAAACGCGUUGCGCCUGAAGCAUUGAUUUCAGAUGAUAUCAAACAAAUAAUGAAUCGGGCGCAAAGAACUAAUAUAUAUGCUGUGAAAUUAGACUCAUUAAAACAAGAAACUACUGGCUUACAAAAAUGGAUCCUUAUAAACAUCGGAAGAGAACCACCAAUAAUUGUCAAAAAUUACCAAAUAGGAUUCCGCAAGACCUCUUCUACUUUGACAAGUUCUGCCAUUAAUAAAAUAUAUUCUAAUCCUGCUUUAGCCAAAAGUACUAGUAGUCAACCAUCUUUGUCCACUAUUUCGCGUAUAGUUACAGAAAGUUCUGUAGAUACUUCAUUCACAAAUUUGGGUUCUAUAAAUUCUAGUAAAUCUGGUACUUCUCGAAAUUCUUUAGAUUUGGCAAUUCAAGCUAGUUCACUAAGAGGCCGUCCAAUGUCGCCUCCUUUAUCACCUAGAACAAAAACAUCAAACUUUCUUAACAUAUCUAAUUUAAGUCGACAUAAUAGCUUUAGCAAAUCUAGUAGACCAUCAUUAUUUAUGCCUCCAGCUGUAAUGAAUGAUCCUUCUAUUAAUUCACCAACUUCACCUACUUCAUCUAAUAAAAUUUCAAAAACUGCAACACCAAUUAAACCACGUCAACGUAGGUUAAGUUUUCAAGCUGUCACCUCUCGUUUUAGUUUGGGAUCAUCUACUUCAACAUCCACAUCAUUUAUUACAACUAUUGAAGAAAAGAAUAUACCUUCUUUGUCCUAUUCCAACUCUGUUGUUGCAGAUGAAACUGCAUUGAAUAAAUUAUGUGAUGUUCUCCCCCUUGUAGAUAGGGAAAUAUUAUCCAAGUAUUUGUGCGCAGCAGGGGGGAAGGAUGACUUGAUGGCCGUUGAUCUCUACAUGAGAGAUCUUAAGAAUGGAGAAGUGUAAUUGAGAAGGUAGUGAUUAUUAAUUUGAGAUAUCUUGGCAGACUUCUACAGUGAAUAUUAUUGCUUUACAUUUAUUUUAGUAGUUAAUCUUAAUUAUUAUAUGAAG